CUGUACAUACAAUCUUCCUUUCCCAAAGAAGCCCUGCCAACAAAAUCAGGUUACCUCACAGUUAACUCAACAACUGGCUCAGCCAUUUUUUACACUUUCUAUGAAGCCCAAAAACCCAGCACAAAACUCCCUCUUUCUGAAACCCCAAUUCUCAUUUGGCUCCAAGGUGGUCCUGGUUGCUCUUCUAUGCUUGGAAACUUCUAUGAACUUGGUCCUUACCGUGUAUCGUCUUCUUUCAGGCAAAACGUCGAACAUCUUUCGCUCGAACCUAAUCCUGGUUCUUGGAAUCGAAUAUUUGGGCUCCUUUUUCUUGAUAAUCCUAUUGGAACUGGAUUUAGUAUUGCUUCGACUCCUGAUGAGAUACCAAGAAACCAACAUGAUGUUGCUAAACACCUUUUUAAAGCUACAAGAGAGUUUGUUGCAUUAGAUCCUUUGUUUAAGACGCGUCCGAUUUACUUAACCGGUGAAAGUUAUGCUGGUAAAUAUGUGCCAGCAUUUGGGUACUAUACAGUGAAAAAGAAUGCGGGUUUGCCUAAAUCAAGACAGUUGAAUUUAGCUGGUGUCGCGAUUGGGAAUGGAUUGACUGACCCCGAUACUCAAGUGGGCACUCAUGCUUUGAGUGCUUAUUAUUCCGGAUUGAUCAAUGAGAAGCAAAAGACACAAUUGGAAUCGCUUCAAAAGGAAGCGAUUCGACUUACCAAAAAUGGCAAUUGGAGCGCGGCAACGAGUGCUAGAUCGAGGGUGUUAGGGAUGUUGACGAAUAUGACGGGGCUUGCCACUUUAUAUGAUUUUAGGAGGCUAAAGCCUUAUGAAGAUGAAUUGGUGGCUAAAUUUUUAAGCAAUGUAGAUAUCAAGAGGGCUCUAAAAGCAAAUGAUUCGAUAGCUUUUGAAGUAUGCAGUGAUUCAGUAGGCAAAGCAUUGCACGAGGACGUGAUGAAAAGCGUGAAGUACAUGGUGGAGUUCUUGGUUAAGAAUACUAAGGUGUUGUUAUACCAGGGACAGUGUGAUUUGAGAGAUGGAGUGGUGUCGACUGAGGCAUGGAUGAAGAAGAUGAAGUGGGACGAAAUUGAUAAGUUUUUGGAGGCGGAGCGGAAGGUUUGGAGAGUGAAUGACGGGCUUGCUGGAUAUGUGCAAAAGUGGGAGAGUUUGAGCCAUGUUGUGGUAAUGAACGCAGGGCAUCUUGUGCCUACUGAUCAAGCAGUGAAUUCUCAGGUGAUGAUUGAAGAUUGGGUAUUGGAAAAGGGAUUGUUUGCCACGGGUCAGAUUAAGCAAAAGCCAAGAAAUAUUGGGAACUUUUUUCACUUAUUUCAAGUUUUAACACCCUUGAGGAAAUUUCUGGCUUUGCUACUGCCAGCCAUUGGAUCCAAGAAUAGAACCAUGGACUUGAUGCCCCUGCGGAAGCUUUGUGAUAACGGUGACCCAAAAUUCAGCAUAGAAAAGAAAAAGAAUUCAUGAUCACUGUCUCCGGUCUAAGUGAGGUCCUUCCUUUUGACUCAAACCAAACUCAACAGAUUCUGGGCGAUGAGGAAAAACGUACAUGAUAUGACAGGGGAGAAGACAUUGUGACAUCGGUUAAGGAAUGGGCGGUGAGGGAUUAAACCCAUUCGGGAGGAGGGCAGCAGUUUACUUCCACUUUGAAGGAGGAUUUCCAGCUGAUGGUUUUCCAAGUGGGGGAUUUGGUGGAUUCCAUUUUUGACCUUGAUGGUGUUUGUUUUGCACGUUUUCUUACCAAGAAACUCCUCACAUGGUUGCUGCAAGGGGUGCACUCUUAUGCUCAUUUCCAGGAAGUUUAGCUCCGUGGAUACCAUUUUUCUUUCUUUUAUGUACCUUAGUAGCAGUAGACUUAGAGGAGAAUUAUUCGGAUUGAUAACAGGUCAAUGUGUAACUUCCUAACUCGAAUAGAAUGUUGUGGAUCAGAUAACUGAUGUAGUUACAUUAUCAAAUAGUUCUUCUGAAACCAAGUGAAAAUAUUCGAAUUGCUUUCUCA